CUGGAGCGCCGGCGGCGGCGGGAGCUGCUGCGGCGGGGCCGCAUCUUCAACCCACGGAUCCGCACCAUAGGGAUUGAUAAAGAUGCAUUGGAUGCGCAGGUCAAGGAGAAGAAAAUUCAAGAAGCAGCUGAAAAAGCACAACAUGAAAGAUUUGCUCGUGACAUGAAGAAAAAUGACAAGCUCAUGUGUCUGCUAGAAGAACAACAGAAAAAUGAAAUCAAAGACAUGAAUAGGGCUCUCAUUGAAUUUCACAAGAAUUUUCAGAAGCCGGAAACAAGACGUGAAUUUGACCUGAAUGAUCCACAAGCCCUAAAGAAAGACAGACCUGCUCGAGUUUCAGAUGAUGAUCCUCGGUGUACUAUAUCUGGCAUGCAGAAGUUUAUGGGUGAAGACUUAAACUAUGAUCAAAGGAUGAAGUUUCAAAAGGAGCAGUUAAGGGAGUGGUCUCUUCAGCAACAGAAAGACUGGAAAAAUGCAUUAGCUGACCAAAAAUUGGCAGAUGAUCUUUAUGACAAGUUUAGGAUUGAACUUGACCGAAAGAUUAUGGAGGAACAAAGAAAAGAAGAGGAAAGCAAGCGUGCUGUUUGUACAGCUACUAAAACUUUCAAUAGAAUCCAGGCUGCUGAACUAGAUCAUAAAAAUGAAUUGGAAAAGGCUCAAAAAAUAAAAGAUGACAUGGAUGAAAUUACCUGCCUUCUUCAAGGAGACUUCCUUUCUGAAAACCCUGACCAAGCAAUUGGUCCCUUGGGUAAACAUCAUGUGCUUGUGGAUAGGUGGAAGGGAAUGAAUCAAGAGCAGCUGAUGGAAAUUCGUCAAUUUCAAAAGGAGCAAGCUCUGGAGAAACUGAGAGUAAAAGAGCAGGAGCGCCGAAGAGAUGUUGAAUGGGACAGGCAACGCCUACAGGCUGCAAGGGCCCAGUUGCUUUGGGAGCGGCACCAGCAGCGGCAGAAUCAGGUUCAGCGCCGAGAAUUAGAUUUCAUGAACGCAGAACUCUCUCAGGAGCAAAAAGCAAAGAACAUUUAUCUUAAGGAGGAAGAGUAUUCAAAUAUUCCAACAGAUGAGUAUUACGCACAGUUUAAUACAACCACUCGGUAACGAUCGGGCUAAAUCAGCCUGAACUAUACAGAAGUAUGUAGGCACAUUAAAAUUUUCAGUUGAGCAAUCCCA